CAAACACACACUCACGAGUUCUCUACCUCCCAUCCUGUUCCGUUCGUUCCGUUCCGUCCUGUCCGUUUCACCGGAACACCGGACAGACUGAAGUUGUAUGGUUGUGACGCUAAUUCUACAGCUUGGGAUCAUGGUGGUGGUGAUGAUGGUGAUGAUGAUGAUGAUGACGAUGAUCAUGAUGAUCAUGAUGAUGAGGUGGAUGGUGUUGGAUCCGUAUGGGGAAAAGAACUUCUCAAGGAAAACGGCGUCGGUUUGUUAGGCCACUACUAUUACUACUACUACUACUACUACUACUACUACUACUACUACUACUACUACUACUACUACUGA